AUGACCCCCGGUGGCGGCGUGACGCCCUACGACGAGUUUGGUGACACCAGAUGGCCGCCCUCCGAUGGGUUCCAGCAAUGUUCAUCAACAACAUCCGACUGUCACUUCAGCGACUGGAUCCUCAUCAAUGAGCUCCAUGAUUCACUGCUUGCCAGGUUCAACAACAAGGCGUUCUCUGGGCCUGGCCGGCCGAUCUCGCUCGCCUAUCUUCAACUGAUUUUCCAGGACUACAUGAAGCUCAACAAGCCCCUAUCGGCCCAGAAAGAGCUCUUGCUCUCCUUCAACCCUCUCUGCGACCACCAUCUCCAUUUCCUUGUCUAUCGCUGUUUAUAG